AAAAGAAAGAACGAACAAAAAACCGCCCAACAACUGCUGCAUCACUGCGCUGCCUCCCGCGACCAAUAAUUUUCAUUGUUUCGCUGUUUUUAUUCGCGAAAUUGUCGCGAAUCGUCACCGAAUUACCGCGCGCGCGUAAUUCACCAGUUAGGUGGGUGAUUAGAAAGAAAGUCGUUCGUAUUUAGCUCCACCGUGAGAAGAAAAAGCCUUCCAAAAUUCCUCUGGACAACGACGCUGCCGCCGCCUCCUGCGACCCGACGACGAAAAAACGUCCCCACACUUCGAUGAUGGAAGCGUUGCAGAAGCUGCUCGGCCAGAUCAAAGUGCCCUGCGCCAACGAUAACGUGUACAAGGAGGAGUGCGUGUACAGCUUUGACAAUCCGGAAUCGGAGACGGGGUUGUACGUCAGUUUGAGCAGCUUCCUGGGGUUCGGGCAGGAGUAUGCGAAGGGGUACGCGGAAAAGAGCGGAAAUCGGGUGUUUUUGCACCUGAAGAGGGACAAGAUUGAGGUGGCGGAACCGCCGCAGGAGGGACCGGAGAAGAAGAUUACGCGGUUGGCGAUUGGGGUUGAGGGUGGGUUCAAUGCGGCGGAUCAGAAAAAGUACGAGUACAAGGAGCACUACAAGGUGGUGGUGCUGCCGGAGGGCGACUCGUUUCCGUACCCGAAUCAGGACUUGCCGUUGAUUGUGCAGAAUUCGGUGGAAUCGGUGUUGAACGCGGAGGCUGCGUCGGUUAAGCGGGAGCGUGAACAGCUGGCAGGGACUUGGGACGGAGAGGUGCGGCAGGUGUCGCAGCACGCGCAGAAUCUGCUGCAGUUGGAGAAUGGGAAGAAGAUUCCUCCGACGGGUUGGAAGUGCGAGCGGUGCGAGUUGACCAACAAUUUGUGGCUGAACUUGACCGACGGGUCGAUUUUGUGCGGACGGAAGUUUUAUGACGGUUCCGGUGGAAAUGACCACGCGUUGAACCACUACCAGGAGGUUCGAUAUCCGUUGGCGGUGAAGCUCGGAACGAUCACGAGCGACGGGAAGGGAGAUGUUUACAGCUAUCAGGAGGACGACAUGGUCGAAGAUCCGUACCUGGUAAAGCACCUGGCUCACUGGGGAAUCAACGUGGGUCAGCUGGAGAAGACGGAAAAGUCCAUGAUUGAGCUGGAGCUGGAUUUGAACCAGAAGAUUGGCGAGUGGGGCAUUUUGUGCGAAAGUGCCAGCAAUUUGAAGCCGAUCGCCGGUCCCGGACUGACCGGAAUGCGCAACCUGGGCAAUUCGUGCUACCUGAACAGUGUGAUGCAGGUCAUGUUUACGGUUCCGGACUUUGUGAAGCGAUUUGUCGACGGAGGAAAGGACUUUUUCGACGUUUAUCCGGCGGAUCCGGCCAAUGACUUCAACAUCCAGAUGGCCAAACUGGGCACGGGACUGUGCAGUGGCAAGUACAGCGUGCUGUCGGCGAACAGCAUGGACACGAUCGAUUCCAGCUCGGGAAUCGCUCCGACCAUGUUCAAAGCGCUGAUCGGCAAGGGACAUCCGGACUUUUCCACCAAGCACCAGCAGGACGCGCAGGAAUUCUUCCUGCAUUUGGUCAACACACUGCAGAAGCACUCCCGCAAUCAGACUGACCCGGCGGAUGCGCUCAAGUUUAGCAUCGAAGACCGCGUCGAGUGCUGCUCGAGUGGCAAGGUUAUGUACAAUCGCCGUGACGACUGGUGCCUGCCGCUGCAGAUUCCACUCAACCUGGCCACCAACAUUGCCGAGGUGAAAAAGUACGAAGAAGACCUGGCUCUCGCCGAAAAGGAAGGUCGCCGACUGGAUCCAGAAGCACUGGUACGCCCAAAAAUCCCGCUCAGCUCCUGUCUGGACACUUUUGCCCAGCCGGAAACCGUUGAACAGUUCUACAGCACGGCCAUCAACGCUAAAACCACUGCCAAGAAGACCACCAAACUGGCCACCAUGCCGGACUUUCUCAUGCUCCAUCUGAAAAAGUUCACCCUCAAAGAAGACUGGACCUCGGUCAAGCUGGACGUGGCCAUCGACAUUCCCGAAAUCCUCGACCUGGAAACCCUCCGCGGCACCGGCAAACAACCCCACGAGGAAGAACUCCCCGAACUGGUCGGCAAAGCCCCAACCCCUCCCCCGAUGGACCCCGCCGUCAUGGAGCAACUCAUGGCCAUGGGCUUCCCACCGGAGGCCUGCAAGCGGGCCAUCUUCUUCACCAAAAAUUCCGGCGCCGAAGCCGCAACCCAGUGGAUCAUGGAACACAUCGCCGACGCGGACUUUGCCACCCCGUUCGUCCCACCCGGCACGGACACUGGCAAGAACGCCGCCUCCGCCUUCGUCCCCGACCCGAUGGGGCUGGAAAUGCUGAUGGGAAUGGGAUUCACCGACGCGCAGGCCACCAAGGCGCUCAAGGAGACGCAGAACAACACGGAACGGGCCGUCGAUUGGAUCUUCUCGCAUCCGGACGAGCUGGACAGCAUUGCGUUUGGGGAGGCCGCCGGCGAGUCGGUGGAACCGGCUGUGGCGGCCACUUCCAGCGCCUCGCAGUAUCGUGAUGGACCCGGAAAGUACAAACUGGUGGCGUUCAUCUCGCACAUGGGCACCUCGUCCCAGGUUGGCCACUACGUGUGCCACAUCCUCAAGGACGGCCAGUGGGUGAUCUUCAACGACAACAAGGUGGCGAUCUCGCAGAAUCCACCCAAGGAGCUCGGCUAUCUGUAUCUGUACCAGCGGAUCUAAGCAGCCAACAAGAGCGAGGCAAGUCUCUCUUUUUUCUCUCCGCCCGCCCCUUUCUUCAAUUGGUUUUUCGACGAUUCGACGUCGUUCUUUCUUUGCAAGCAAAGAAGUAAAGCUAACUUAUUGUCAUCAUCAGUGAAAAACAAACAAACAAUAAAUAUUUUGCGCAUUACAAUGAUUAUA